UGCCACCUGCCAGUGCCCAUCAGUGCCACAUUUCAGUGCCCAUCAGUGCCACAUAACAGUGGCCAUCUGAGCUGCCUUUCAGUGUCACCCAUCAGUGCCAGUCAGUGCCACCUAUCAGUGCUGCCAAUCAGUGCCAGUCAUCAGUGCCGCCUAUCAGUGCCGCCUAACAGUGCCAGUCAGUGCCAUCUAACAGUGCCAGUCAUUGCCACCUAUCAGUGCCAGUCAGUGCCACCUAUCAGUGCCAUAUAUGAGUGCUGCCUUUCAGUGCCCAUCAGUGAUGCAUGUCAAUGCCCACCUACCAGUGCCUCCUCAUCAGUGCCACCUAUCAGUGUCCAUCAGUGCAGCCUAUCAGUGCCCAUC